UCAAACUACAGCUUGACAGUCAGGUAUUUCCACUUCCGAGUUGUGGAUAAAACCAAACCAGUUUAUCUAUUACAUGGUUUCAAUAAUUAAAGAAAGCGCCACUUUGUAUCAAUUCAAAAACAUAAUUAAAUAUAAUAUCAAGAAAUAAAAUCAAAUUAUAAUGGACGGCUGUUAGAUGUGAAAUGUGCUCUUGUGCUACGUUCCCUUGGGUCGGAGCACCCCCCCCACCCCAAAGUUCUACAGAUCAAAUUUUGCAAAGACUAAAUGAAAAUGUUAAAGAUACGUAAAUUAGAUUUUUUUAUACUUCCCGGCCAACGUACAUUGAAGCUACACUUGUCGCGCGAGCAUCAAAAUAUGAAACGAAUUUAUUUUGAAACAACAUUUCCUGUUUUAUUUGCUCUAAGUCUGUUUCAUGACACCCAUCGCAGUCAGCUGGCACAUCAUUGAAUCAUUCCUAGGCGUGUUGUCAGCCACUAUCCUGGUGUUCCAGUAUCAUCCAAGUGAGCGGUGGCGUCCCUGGAUGUGACGUCAUGGCAGGUUUAUGGAUCGGCCACCUUACAUUCUUGAUGAAAAGUGUCAUCACUUUAUUAGCGCGUGAGCGAGGCUGCAGCGCGGUGCGGAUCAUCAUCACCAAAUGGAUCAAUUCCGAGGGUUAUUUGUCAAGUUGGACCGGAACCAGGAUGGUUUCAUCUCGUUGUCAGAGUUGCACAGUGAAAUGACCACGCACGGCAUCUCGGUGGCAGAUGCUAAGGUGCAGAAUGUCAUUGACUCCUAUGAUAAUGACAACAAUGGCCAAUUGGAUUACAACGAGUUUCUCAGCUACAUGAUGGACCGAGAGAGGAAAUGGAAGAUUUGCUUUGACCACCUGGACAAGAACAAGAGUGGGCUCAUUGACCAGGAGGAGAUCAUAUGUUUGUUUAAGGAGUUAGGAGUGGUCAUUUCAAAGGCCCAUGCCAAUAAAGUAAUACAAAUGAUGGACACGGACGGCUCCAUGACAGUGGACUGGGAUGAGUUCUUGCAGCAUGUUAUUCUCAAACCUGUGGAUAACAUCGGUGAGCUGGUGUCGUCGUGGAAACACAGUCUGGUAUUCGACGUGGGUGAGAGCAGAGCGCUGGCCCUCGAGUAUCCCGAUGAGAGUUCCGGCAUUGGUGCGUGGAGGACGUUUGUUCUCGGUGCUAGUUUGGCUGACGCUGUGUCUCGGACGGCAACAGCCCCCAUCGACCGCCUCAAGACCCAGCUACAGUUUUAUGGCCCCAAGGCCUUUUCUCGGGGCUUCCAGGAGCUUAGGGUUGGUGGCCUUCGUUCUAUGUGGCAGGGCAAUGCUGUCAAUGUCCUGAAGGGAACGCCACAGUCCACACUCCAGUGUCUCAUCUACGCGCAGAUGAAGGUGUCCAUGCAGGGCAGAAGUCAGGGGAGUCUGAGCGUGCAUCAACGCUUUGGCUUGGGUUGCGUGUCUGGUGCUGUGGCUCACGCUGUCUUCUACCCUCUGGAGGUGUUGAAGGUGCGGCUCAACCUGCAGCGAGUAGGCGCCUAUCAUGGCGUAGUGGCUUGCGCUCGAUCUAUUUACCAAAACGAGCCCUUGACGUCGUUUUACAGAGGAUUUAAGCCCAGCAUCCUCUGCAUGAUUCCGUAUGCUGGAGUAGAAUGUGCAGUCCAUCAGUCGAUCAUGACCUGGGCCCAGAGCGAUCCAGCCUACAGCAGCGACUCCAGGCUCUUCUUCUUCAGUUUUGUGGCCUUUGCUUGCGGACAAGUGAGCAGCUACCCUCUGGCAGUGAUAAGAACGCAGCAGCAGGCGCAAGCUGUCUGUUCCAGCUCACAGGCCGCGUCGUCAGGCAUCCUUCAAGGGCUCAUCGGGAUAUACAAAAGACAUGGACUGCGGGGCUACUACAACGGAAUGGGGGCCAGCUUCAUCAGGGCCGUUCCGUGCGCCCUCAUGAACUUCACCUUAUGCAGAACAUUUGAAAACAUGUUUUCCUCUACAAGCACAUGAAGAGUGGCAGAGUAAUUGAAUCUUGUGCCACACAAAAUUUGCAGAAAAAUAUGCAAACUUUUCCUCGUGUUUCUCAGUGUUCCAAGCAAUAAAAAAGUGGUAUUCUUGGUCAGAUCAGCCACAGCGGUUGUUCUGACUCAUGCACAACUUUCUUUUGCUCACAAGCAAA